GGACACGUCGCCGAUCGCGAGAGGAAGAUGGCGGCGUUGCCGGAGCGGCGUCAGGUCCUGUAACCAGCCCGCCCUGAGAUCCGAAGUUGGGAAGAAGAGCUUUAUAGCCUUGCUGUAAACCCAAGCGAUGCAGCCACCGCCCAGAUCAUCUCCAGGGGCCGGAGGUGCUGCUGGGCCUCCGCCAAGUGGAGGGGCUCCAAAUGCCUAUCGCCGCAACUCUCCGUUCAGACGGUCCAACACGCCCAUGUCAGCACCGCCAGCCUCCGUGCCGCCCAUGACUGACCCACUAGGGCAUGGGCGUCUGCGCCCACCUGGAAAUGGACAUUCAGGGCAGAGCGCAGCACUCCCCAACCCGGCAAAGGCUGGGCCUCUUCCUCCGGGUCAGCCCCCUCCAGUGUUCCCGGUUCCCUUCCCAAAUCGUCAGGAUGGAAACCGGCUCCCUCACCAGUUUACGAACGCCUUACAUAGUGCCCCAGCACCAUUUCCCGGACAGUCAAAUGCAGCCGAAUCAGGGACUCCUCCAUAUCAGCCCAACAGCUUGGUGGCUCCUCUGCCAUUAAUGCCACAGUUUAACAGUGGCGGCCAGUUCUCCCCGGCCCCCCCAGCCCACAACACGGAAGCUGGCCACAGCCUGGCCCCAGAGCUGUCGUAUUUUCACACGGGUGCUGGGCUUGAAAACAGUUAUGCUGGCCUGGCCCUGGGGCCCGCCCCUUUCCAGAGCAGAGCCCCGUACGCACAAGAGCCGGCCAGAGAUCCCAUGGCUUACCCACCCCCUGCCCCUGGACCACCAGCCUUCCCGCAGCAAAACGCCGCUCAGUGGGCACCAGCACAGGGCAGCCGACCCCCUUCGGUUCAAAAUUACUUUCAGCCCAGUGACCCUCAGACUCAGAGCUUCAACAGCUACUCAGUUUCUCAGCCCCAUCCCCCGUCCUCCUCUCCAGCUCAUCUUCCCUCUCCACACAAUCUGGUGCCAGCUGAUCAGCACCAGCCUCCAUCACAGGAGCCAUUUGCAUCCGCUGUUGCAGCGGUGGAUCCCAAUGGGCAUAGACUGCCUGGGUUUCACAGUGGGCCGCAGCCAUCUGAGGCUUUCAUCCCGCAAGAGCACCACGGCCUGAAACCAAACUUGGGGAGCGCGGAGGCAUGGCUUUCCGGCCCUCGCAACGAACCCUUCCAGCCCCAGGCAGCAGCUGAAGCUGGAUAUCAGAGCAAUGCUGUGAGUUGGGGAGAGAGGCUAGAGGAUCGGCAGCAGUUAGCGGCUCAGCCUGCAGAUAGCAUGUUGCCCGUGGACACAGAGUCAGGGACCAUCUCCAUGUUCUUCAAAGGAGAUGAAGUGGAAAACGAGGAAACUCUUCGGACCGAGCGGACGGACUCUUUGGCAGCCGAUUCUUUUCAACCCAGUUCUGUGCCGUUCUUUAAACCUUAUCCCUUGCCUAACUCGGCUCAGCCCAACAUCCAUACACAGCGGCAGCCCAGCCAGGCACCGUCUGCUGAGCAGUCAAGCUUCCUCCCCAACGCCACAGGCCAGUACGAUAAUUACCUCCCUGGGAGCACUGAGCUGGGGGCUAACCCUAACGCUGGCACGGGAGGGAGUCGAUCACAAAGGGAUGAGCGCUUGCAGUUUGAAAAUAAUGAGAAUUUGGAUUUUAUCCAGAAUCAGGAGGUUUUACCCAGCGAGCCAGAUCGGGCCCAGAUUAGAGAAAAUAUAGCCCGGUUCCAGCCCAUCCCGGGAUUGGGAACAGCACAGCCGGCAGGCGAGAGUCGGGAAGGCGUGCCGAACCUGGAGAAACCAAACUUGGCUCCUCAUCCUCGCCCACUCCGAUCGGACAGCAUCAAUUCCAACCACAGCAGCGGCUCCAGUUCCCGUCGGGCUCUGGCUCCAGCUCCGCCCCCACCCAGCACUUUCAUCCAGCAGGAAAGCGGAAAGGGCGCCCCAGAUUCCUCCGCCCACUUCUUUGAGCAGAUCGACUCGUCCCCUCAGGGAGGCGAAGGCCUAUAUCACACCCAGACACCUCAGCCUCCCACUCCCAGUCCACCGAAGCCCACCGGGACCUUCCAAGCCAGCGCCAACAGCUCAUUCGAACCUGUCCGAUCACACGGGCAGCUGGCCUUCAAGCCCCCCGAAGUGGACCAGGCGAAGAUGGUAAUGGAGCUGAACCGGGAGCGUCGGCCUGGACCUCCGCAGCCUGCCGGUCACAUGGAUGCAUCCCCCGGGAACCUGGAGCAACCACCGGACAACCUGGAGAACUUGUUCCUGCCGCAGCCUUGCCCCGAGCUCGGGGGAGCUGAGCAGCUCGCCCAGACACAGCCUCCGCCACGGACCGGUUCAGAGACCCCGGAGAAGAGACCCUCGUCCAGGGUCAACAACGUCCGGGUGAAAUGCGAUAGCCCCGCUGCCACACUGUGGGCACAGAGUGAGCUGCCCAGCUUCUGUGGAGGUGUUGUCCUGGCUCCUGCGGCUCCGGCAGUCCACGUGGCCGUGCGAGAGCCCGGGGCCGAGGCCAGCCUACAGCACGAAGGCAGCCUUGAGGGUUUGGGUCAAAGAUUUCUGGCGCCGGCCCUGGGGAUACCCGGGCCGGGCCCCCACCCAGGUUCGGAGAACUUGGAAAACCCACCCCUGGUGGUCGAAGAUCCAGCCCUAAAGUCCCAGGCAAGUUCCAGCUACGCAACCUUGCUGGUUCCUUCGGCCACGGAGGCCCUGCCCAGCCAGCCCGUUCUGCUUGCUCAGCCUCUUCAAAGCUACACUUCUACCCUGGCAAACCCAUCGGCUCCCUCACCAAGCCAGCCUUUAAGAAACCAAAUCGAAGGGGAGAAAGUCGUGGGGUUCAUCCCGAGUUCACUCGGCAUUGGUGCAGUCCCUCCUGUUCCCCAAGGGCCACUGAGUAACCCCAGUCUGCACCCACCCCAUCCCCACGUUAAUCCCACUCACAAUUCAGUCAGAACCAGCGGCGUGUUGCCCCCAGAUCCGAGCCCACUGAAUUUAACCGCCGACAGCCGAGCCAGCAUCAGACUGCCAGCUGAAGGAUUGCCGGAGAUCCCGGCCGCUAGUCCACCGUUGAGCCAGGCUCCAGGUCCGGGUAGAAGUGUGGCCGUCGCUGCUUCAAAUUAUCAAUUCGCUCCCGGUAAAAAUGCAACGAAUCAGCCGUAUAACCGGCCCGAGGCAUCCGUCAAUUGUGAGCUGCUUGAUUUCACUGUGCCUCGGACACUGCCUAAUGAGCCCUCUGCCAGCACUAAUGCCACUGAUGUCCUAUCGCUUCCCAGCACGGCAGUGAUUGCUCCACAGCCCGCUGUUCUCCAGAGCUACCCGCAGGGCGUACAAGCUAAUGACAAACCAGGUUUCUAUCUACAGGUUACAAAGGACGUGCAGCAGUCGCCCACUGCAGUGACAGGGCAACACACUGCUCCCCUGCCCUCUGCCCAGGCCACAACCACUGACGCAGGCCAGCCAGUGCUAGCUGGCAGCCUGCUCCCCUCUGCGGGAUAUGGGCCCCCAGGGUCGGGGCUUCCCCAAACCGUGCUGCAGGCUCCUACUCUGGCUCAGACGCCCCCUGCCAAUGUGGCCCGCCCACCAUCGCAGCCAGACAUGCAGCAGCCACCGCCGGCACGGACUCCCCAACAGGUGUACUGCGCCCCUCAGCAACACGCUUACAAUUACGGCUACAACUACCCCGAUUACAGUGCGGACACUCGGCAGCCCUACCCAGGGUCCUAUCCCGUUUACCCUCCCCAGGAGCCCAGAGGCAGCCAGCAAAUGCCCUACCCUGCAGUGGACAACAGAAGCGGACAGCCGUACUACCAGGAUGACCAAUACCGAAUGUAUGAUCCGCGCUAUCCCAGAUAUGAUCAAGGCAAUGCUGGGUACAAAGAGGCUGAGAGGAGUCAGUAUACGGACCAGGAGCGAGAGCGGCCCAGUCGCCCCAUCCGAGCGAGCCAGUGCUCAGACAGACCCAGCUCGAGGCAAGGCUACCCUGAGGAUUACUACAGUUGGAGGAAUAGCCGAGCAGGGUACGGUGCUUACUAUGCAGAUUAUUACAGAAGGCCGCAUGACUAUACAGAUCUGAGCCAUUGGGAAAGGUUUGACUCCGCUGCCCCCGCUGCCUACGAUCCCCGAUACCAGGACUACUGGUACUACAACAAUUAUCAAAGGCGGGAGCCUUACUACCACGAUCCCUAUGGAGGCAGGCGGAAUGGGUAUGAGAGCCAGUGGCAAUACGACCCUCGAUACGAUGCCAGCUUCGAUGACGAUUAUGACCGGCCACAGGAGAUAUACCAGGACGAGUUUGACCGGCGCAGUGUGCACAGCGAGCACUCCUUGCCCAGCUCCCGCAGCACCCGCAGCCGCCGCAGCAGUUUCAGCGCACAUUCCCAGCAGAGCCAGGUUUACAAGAGUCAGCAGGAUUUGACCGCGACACGUGAGGCCCCAGGACAGCCUGCUCCUGUCGAUUACACCUAUGCCCAAUAUCAGGACCACACUACCCUGAUGCAGGGUUAUCAGGACAGCACUGCCGUGAUGCAGGGUUACCCAGACUAUCAGUACGGUUACCCAGCAGAAACAGGCUGGCAGCCUGUGGAGAAAGCUCCACCGAGACCAGUGACCCCUGAGAAAUUCAUGAUUCCUCACGUGUGUGCUCGCUUCAGUCCCGGAGGGCAGCUUCUUAAAGUACUGCCUAACCUCCCUUCAGAAGGCCAGCCUGCCUUGGUGGAGCUACACAGCUUGGAGACGAUGCUCCAGCACUUGCCAGAACAAGAGGAGCUGAGGAACUUCCCGGGGCCGUUGGUGAAGGAGGAGACGCAUAAGGUUGAUGUGAUCAACUUUGCUCAGAACAAGGGCACGGAAUGCCUGAGGAAUGAAGAGCUGCUGGAUAAGGAAUCCGCCAACCUGCUGUGGGAUCUGAUGGUGCUGCUCUGCCGACAGAACGGGACUGUUAUUGGCACAGACAUCGCCGAGCUACUGCUCAGGGAGCACCGGUCUGUCUGGCUCCCCGGCAAGUCACCCAACGAGGCCAAUCUGAUUGACUUCAACAAUGAGCUGGUGCCGCGGGCAGAGGAUGAGUCGUGCACCACUCAGCUGUCCCUCCUCACCGACAGCUUUAUGGAGGGCACUAGCUCCAGCACCGAGAACCCCAGCAAGGAGACCGAGCGCUUCCGGGAGCUGCUGCUGUUCGGACGGAAGAAGGAUGCCUUGGAGUCUGCCAUGAAACACGGGCUGUGGGGCCACGCUCUGUUACUGGCCAGUAAAAUGGACAACAGGACCCAUGCCAAAGUCAUGACCAGGUUUGCCAACAGCCUGCCCAUCAAUGACCCGCUACAGACCGUCUACCAGCUGAUGUCUGGCCGAAUGCCCGCAGCAGCCACGUGUUGUGGAGAAGAGAAGUGGGGACACUGGCGGCCACACCUUGCCAUGGUUUUGUCGAAUCUUUCCAACGGUCUGGAGCUGAACAGGAGGACCAUGACAACUAUGGGAGACACUCUAGCCACCAAGGGACUGCUGGAGGCCGCUCACUUCUGUUACCUGAUGGCACAGGUUGGGUUUGGGGUGUACACCCGAAAAUCUACCAAACUGGUCCUGAUUGGCUCAAAUCACAGCUGGUCCUUCCUGAAGUUUGCGUCUUCUGAAGCGAUCCAGCGGACGGAGACGUAUGAGUACGCGCAGGCCCUGGGCAGCCAGCCUAGCUUUCUCCCCAACUUCCAGGUGUUUAAGUUCAUCUAUGCGUGCCGGCUGGCAGAGAUGGGGCUCACGGCCCAGGCCUUUCACUACUGUGAGGUCAUUGCUAAAACCAUGCUGAAGAAUGCUUUAUACUACUCGCCCGUGCUUUAUAGCCAGCUUGUACAGGUUUCCUCGCAGUUGCGAUUCUUUGACCCUCAGUUGAGGGAGAAAUCCGAGCAGGAAUUAAACAUGGAACCGGAGUGGAUGGUGCACCUGAAACUGCUGGAUCAACAGAUGAAGGAGGGGACGUUUCUCUACAGCUCAGAGAGAGCAGCGACUCCUCACCAGUAUGGCUCGAGCACCCCCAGCUCCGAGUAUGACCACGGCAGCCAGCUGGACGGGGCAAUGGCAGGGCUCCCCGAGGGCGGAUCUGGCACCGACAAUCCUCUGAUGACUUCCUUUGUGCCGAGUGCAGGAGGCCCCAGCGUGCAGCUUGUGCCACCAGCUCCUCAAGCCAUCCUUGACGGGACGACUGUGGCCCCUGUUCCACAGUUGCCUGUGGCCCCCCCUCCUCAGAUGACCGUCGAUGGCAACAUCCCCAUGUACUUCCCGCUCCAGGCCUCCACAGCUCCACAGGUGCCAGGCUUUCCCGGCCAGUCACUCAACUCUGCCUUCAGGCAGCCCUACGAGCUGGAAAAGGAGCCGGUGUACAUGGGAACAGCUGGCCCCCCACCCCCGGGCCUCCCAGCUGAGCCACUGCAGACAGUGCCAGAGCAGGUGGCCAACCCAGAAUUUAAGCCUAACACCCAGAUUUCUCCAAAAAGGCAGAGCUUUUCGGACACCGGACAAAUUGAUUUCCACAAUCACAUGGCAAAAAUGGCUCCAGGAAGAAGAUCGAGAUCCACGUCCCAGUCAUCCUUGCACAUGCCCUACGGAAGGCGAUCCAGGACUACAUCCGAAUCGUCCACCCAUUCAGGAGGGCGGGAGCGGCGGUCCUCGCUGGUCAGACAGCCGUCCCUACCGGCACAGGAUAGCGCAGCCCCCAGAGCCACCGAGGUCAAGGAGCCCAGGAGGGAAGCCGAGACCAAGAAAUCAAAGGGUGGGUGGCUGAGCUGGUUGAGGCCGAACAGGAAACCUGAAGCUCACCUCCCAGACGAUAAAAAUAAAUCGAUCGUUUGGGAUGAGAAGCAGCAGCGGUGGGUGAACCUGAACGAGCCGGCAGAGGAGGAGAGCAAACCUCCCCCGCCUCCGCCUAGCUUCCCGAAGCCCACCCAGUCCCUGCCCAUGGCUGGCCCUCCAGGUGGCCCACCGUCCGUUAACAUGUUCUCCAAAAAAGCAGGUACCCGGGCACGUUACGUGGAUGUCUUAAACCCCAGUGGAACAAGACCAGGUGGCAACGUCCCACCUCCCAUUGAUCUGUUUGCCCCACUGGCACCAAUGGCCAUCCCAGCAAACCUCUUUAUGCCAGCACCGGGGGAGGGACACCCCAUCCCGGACGCCAGCAUGGCUGACAGUGGGCAGCCUGCAGACAACAACAACUUUGGGGUGGACACACAGCCGCUGCCGAACUCAGGCACUGAUGGAUCUGCUCCCGUGCCGGAUGGCUUGCAGUUUGGUGAGGUGGGUGUGUGUGUGUGUUGUAACCAGCCUCGCUCACUUGUCAGAGCUGAUCUGAACUCAGAAUGCGAGAGUGUGCGCGUGCUUUCUUUCCAUGGCCACAACGCAUUUUACCCUGUACUCUGCUAUCGAGCAACAUGUGUGUGUGAUGGGGCCGAGAAGUGCAAGGAACAGUCGUCAGAUGCCAGGUCUUGGCAUCGUGUGGCUGAGAAACGCGUCCCCGGACAACCAGUGCAAGGGGUUCCGUCGAUGGGAGCAGUGCAGUUUUACAACCCGGCCCAGUUUUCACAACCGCCGGCCACAGGCUCGAAACCGGGGCGAUUCGGCCAAAGGAAAUACCCAACAUUAAAGUGAAGAACUGGACCCAGAAAGCCGUGAAUAACCCAACGAAAUUGUAAAUUUUCUUGAUACAGGUUCAGACAAAGUAUUGUGACAUUUCCAACUGCAGGUCUCUCUCACUCUGAGCUGGUUGGAUAUGGACUUAGGUUGGAAAGAAAUCUAGUCGCUGACCGCAGCAACUGUCGCUGCCAAAUGUGUGGGGGCGGGAUGGGGGGAAGAGCCUGAAAAAUUGAUUUAAAAAAAUUAAAAAUGUAUAUUUUGUCUCCCAAAACCAGGGCUGUUGAGAGGAAAAUGAAACGUCAGUGAGUUUUGAGUCUUCUUGAACUGGGACCGAAAGGACUGUCUCCUCUGAAUCUAAUUGUAAAUGUCAUGAUACUUUACAGUCAUCCGAUACUAGAGCUGGCUUAAUCCAAAGUGGCAUAUCACAAGCGUUCCAUUCUGGAGAUCCUCCAAUUACUGUCAGAGUAGAAUAAAGAGCUGUUGACCUGUAAUGAUCAGGGAGGUUGGUUUGCAGGAAGGGGAGAGACACUGAAAGGUCUGGGGAUUUGACCAUUUGUAUGUAGGUAAUAUAUUAAAGGCUGCUGUAAAAGAGUAUUGAAAACCCAGGAGAGAGCCUGUUGUAAAAUAAUACCCGUGAAAUAUCUGAAAGAUGGAUGGUGUGAAUAAAUUUCUAAAGUGCAAUAUAGAUGCUCACCUUCUCCUUGUGAGAGAUUGUUUUUUUGAGACUAUGAAAAAAAAAGGCAGAAUGCACAAACAUUUGCUGGGGGGGUUGUUUGUGGUGGGCGAGGACUUGCCUGUGUUCAGAACAGUGUUUGAAAGGGUGACUUGUUCACACCUGCUGCGACCUACCAAAAGACCUCAACGCCGUGAGUAACUAGAUCUGGAAUUAGUAUGCAGUGCUGAUAAACACUGAUUCAUUCCUCUUCUGGGUAGCCGAGUGAUUGCCCCUCCCUAUCUCUUAAUAUAUUUGAAUCUCCCUUCUCUUUCUCCUUGAAGCAAAGCCUUUGUGCUAUUUUCCAUGUAGGCUUCAAACUAGUUUUUAAAAUCAAAAGGGUCCCUCCUUUGUGGGAGGUGCUGCUAUUUUCAUAAUGUGUUAGACUUCACACUGUAAAUUCUUAAUGGAAAUAAAACAAUAUUUUGUGCUCUGGCGCAUUUUGACCUA